AUGGCUUCCACCGAGGCAGGUAGUCAUCGCAACCAAUCGCCUUCGGCAUCAACUUUCUUGUCGACCUUGAUUCCUGUUCUUCUCAUUGUUGCGGUCGUUCUCUCAGUCUUUCUGAUCUUCCGUCCCAAGUACAAGAGAGUUUACGAGCCGCGCACCUAUCUGCCGCUCCUGAGGAAAUAG